GUCGGUUUGCAUUUCUAUGCUUUCGACUGUCAGCCUCGAGCGACCAAAGCAUACGAAUCCUUCGAGGAGAGGGUCAGGCAGAUUGGCACUCUCAUGGAGAAGUAUGCUUUUCUGAAGGGUGCUAUCAUCAACGAGGUCGGUAUGCUGAACUGUGGUGGUCCAACAGCAGACGAUCCGAUUUGUGUGCCAGACUCCGGCAAGUUCCCCGCAAAGGACGUGCCAGACUUUGGUUGCCCAUCAAACGAAGAUUUGCCAGAUGGAUCGGCUACCUUCAUUUCGGAGAUUGUGGAGUUGUCUGCCAGCGUCACUACUUCAGAUGGAAGACCAGUCGUGAAGAGCUUCUCAUGGUUUAACAUUGAUCGCCAAGGAGGCACCUACAACCUGCGGCUGUUCAAUGAUGACGGCUCCAUCAACAAAGUAGGUGACGCGUAUAUGCGUUCCUGUGAAAAAUGGGGUGAGAUGCUGCUGUAAGACGCUGCUGCGCUCUCCUGAGCUUUCCUUCUUCAGCCAGAGCUGCGACCAAAUCUGUGGAGUGGCCGAAGAGAGGGGCUGUUUUUUUCACCUUGAAUUCAGAGAGCUGAAAAUAAGCUGAAUUUGUUCUAGAGAGCUCCUGUGGGCUCGAGUCAUGAAAAGUCUACCUUCAAGUGGAGCUUCUGGAGAUCCAGAAGCCGCAGCCACAUGAGCCUGCAGUUUCUUGGUGCAAACGUUGCGAAAGCCAACGGCUGAACCAAAGUUUCUCAGCUUACAAUGCUGAUGCUGCUGGUGAAGUGCUGUGCAGCUUACACUUCAGCCAAGGGCAAUGGUAGAAUCCACAUUGGCUGAUGAGUACAGAGAUGUACAGAGGCCUCGGCUCAAGAAGAGCCACCUGAACCGUCCUGAAUCACUGAGUCACAAUGAGUCACAUUCCUAAUGUCGAGCCAUGUGGAACCAUGUGGAACCAUCAUGUGAGAC